AUGCCAGCGGCGCCGCUAGCGCCGCAGCCAGGAGGGGGAUUGCCGCGGGAGCAGGCCAAGACGAAGAUGGUGCCAGUUGUGGAUGGAUCGGCGGGUGCGGGGGAGGCGGAGUGGGAGAGCUCCCUGUACAGCACGGACGAUUUUCGGAUGCACUGCUUUAAGGUGCUCCCGUGCAGCAAGCGGUUCUGCCACGACUGGACGACGUGCCCGUUCGCGCAUCCGGGGGAGAAGGCGCGCAGGAGGGACCCCCGUGUCUACCGCUACACGGGGAUUGCCUGCCCGGAGAUGAAGACGGUGAGGCAGCGUUCGACGAGAUGA